AUGAAAGAGAUAAAAAAUAAGACCAAAGAGCCAGACCUGGAGCUGAAGCAUGGCACGCUCUCUUGUCCGAUCGGCAGAACCCUCAAGCAGACUCCGCAUCCAAAGAGCGGAGAAGUCAAGGCCCAGGAAGGCCACACAUUCUUACAGUCUAACAGAGCUGUUAUUGAUCUUCAAAGCAUUUUUUACCAUGAGAUGGUGCUGCCCGCACUAUGGAUAAUCCUCAGAACCUAUGCACCUUACAUAACUCUACCUAUUGCAGCAGCUGUUGGUGUGAUUGGAUAUCAGGUUGAGAAGAGAAUUUCUGACAAGUACACACCAUAUCAGGAAAGCAUCCAGGAAGUCAGAGACGAUCGUAUCCUGAAAGAAGCAAAGGACCCAUUGCACUAUGAAAGUCUCAAAGAGAGGAAGUUUGUUCCAAAGACUGGCCUGAGCAAUGAGACCUCCAAGACUGGACAAACACAGUGUGGCUCUCGAGACGAUCAAUUUGAAUCUGAAAAGAGGUGGAAUGUGAGAAUCAUGAUUGCUCCAAAUGAUGAUUACAUUGAUCCUUCUGACACAGGGAUUCAGACUGCAUGA